UUACAGUUUUCAAGUUCCUUACGACGUUACGUUAAGACGUAUUCGUUUGAACCGUAAAUUUUUUUGUAACGUGCUUCAACGUGUUUUCCGAGGAUCACCCUCAUAUUAUUAGAUUAAGUUUUUUUUACUUAGUAAAUGGCAAAAAGCCAAAAGCUCUUAAGGGCUAAAGGCAAGUAGAGAGAGUUUUCUUUGGAGCUAUUUGAUAAGACAGAAAAGAAAUUUAUUUUCUAAGAAUGCAGAUGAAAGUUUUAUAUUUAUUUAUAAAAAUUUUAUAUGUCGCAUAAUUAUAAAUAUCCACGAAGAAAGGUAAAGGCACGCUUAGUGAAAUCUAACAUAAUGAACUCUUGUGAUGAGGAUUUGUUUGCUAUUAGUGACGAAGAAAUAUCAGGUUCACCUUCAGCAUUCGUGCAAUCAUCAAAUCCUAUUGAGAAAUAUUUGACGAAGCAAUUAGUCAAUGUUCAGAACAGAAUUGAAACAACAACUAACAAUAUCGAAGAAGUAAAAGCAACUACUGGACACAUUUUGAAUGUUUUACAACGCCGUGUAUUAUAUGGCCAAGAUGUUAAUUUGGACAUUGACAGUGACUUAUAUACUAUUGAAGGUGAACCUAUUAUAAAAAGGAAAUAUGAUCACAAAACUAAUAACAUAGAAAAAAGCUUAGAAAUAAUCCGUCAGUGGCAAUGUGUCCUUCAUGAUAAAUGGAUUAUUGGAGUAGAACUAAAAAACAGGCUACAGUGUUGCAAAGAAGUUCUGUCAAAUUCUGUCAAGAUUUCAGUGACUGAGCUGGUACGGCGUCCCGUUCGUGUGCUGAAAAACCUCAAGUAUUAUCCGUGCGUAAAGGAUGAGCUGGAGAUUCGUGGUGAAUCUAUGUUUUGGCAAUUGCGGGAGGAUCACUUUUGGCAAAGAAUCAACGCGAUUCACGCUGGCACCGUUCACGUUGUGGCAACGACGGUACUUGAUCUGCCGGUGUUUGCUCGAGAAUCCAUCAUAGAUUGCUGGGGCACGAUCUCGUAUGAGAUUGACGAGAUACAAUUCCAAACGCUGGUGCCUCUUGUUCGACUCUCCGUUACUGAAAUAAUUGAUUGUUCGUGGACCAAAUUCAUGGACGAGAAUAAACAGCGUGCGAUACUUGCCCUAAAGAGCACGUCUAGUACGGAAAGAAUCGUGACCGUUCAGCUAUCGAGUAGUCGGAGCAAUGAAUGUGACGAACAUGACUUCGGGAAGAAACGCCUUUUUCGUUUUUUGGCCAAGAAAACUUUCGAAAAGAUCUACGGUGACGUAUUUUCAGUAAAGGCACAUGGCCCUCUGACCUACUGUCUGCUCGAGAUAUUAUCGAUCAACUUCGAUAAAGCAAGUUUAAGGAUCUUUUUCAGAUCCUCCAACCAGCUCCAUAUAAUAUUGCAUCUUCUGCAAGACGAAUUUUCGAACAUGAUGGUCGAAGAGAAGAUUGAUAAUUGUGUUGAAGCUGCAAUGGCUCUGAUGCGCGAAUUAGAGUUGAUUCGCAACAAGAAGAGUAUACUCGAAAUACAAGAUGCCAAACUAAUAACAGACUUGCUUAUUCCUUGAGUGUUCUUCUAUAGUGGAAAAUAAUGCACAUUCUACUUAUUCAUAUAUUAUAUAAGAUGUAACUUGACAGAAACUCUCCGAGAUAUAGAUUCGCCACUUAAAAACAAUAAAGUAAAAUUUCUAAAAAAAAUAUAUCUGAUUUAACAAUUUA